GUCCAAACCCCCCACUGCAGGUUUGAACCCCGGGAGGGGGAGCCUUUCCUUGUGGAGUUUGCAUGGUCUUCGCGGGUACUUCAGCUUCCUCCCACAGUCCAGAGACAUGCGGGUUAAUUGUUGACUCUAAAUGGCCCUUAGAUGUGAAUGUGAACGUGAAUGGUUGUCUGUCUCUACAUGUCAGCCCUGUGAUAGUCUGGUGACCUGUUCAGGGUGCACCCCGCCUCUCGCCCAGUGUCAGCUGGGAUAGGCUCCAGCCCCCCUACAACCCCCAACAGGCUCCACGGAGUGCCACAGACAACAGGUUACUACCAUGGAAAAGUGUGUGAUGAAACACUCCUGCUCCAGUGAUGCUGAAAGUCCCCAGAAGAAGAUCAAACUGGAGAGUGAUGACACUGUGAAGCAGGAGGAGGAGGAGGAUGAUGAAGAAGAGUUCUCUGAUCCUGUUCCUUGGCAGAAAAUAGAGGCAGAGGGAUUAGACUGUGAUUAUGCUUUGCUGUUCUCCAAAGAGGAAGCAGACCACCUUUUUAAACAGCUGGAGAAGGAGGUGGUCUACGCAACAGGAGAAGAAGCAAAGGUGCAGGUGUACGGGAAGGUAUACAAUAUACCGAGAAAGCAGGCCACAUAUGGAAAUGCAGGCCUCACCUACACCUACUCUGGAGUGAAACGUUUAGCCUGCCCGUGGACUCCAACCUUGGAAUAUAUUCGGGAUGCUGUCACGAAAACAACUGGACAAACAUUUAACUUUGUUUUGAUCAACAGGUACAAAGAUGGUCACGAUCACAUGGGUGAGCAUCGUGAUGAUGAAAAGGAGCUGGACCCCCUCUGUCCCAUCGCCUCCGUCUCCCUGGGAGCUCCACGAGACUUUAUCUUCCGGCACAGAGAUGCUCGGGGAAAACAGGGCCACAGACAGAUCGAACCUGUGAAGCUGGAGCUCGCUCAUGGAAGUCUACUCCUCAUGAACUCACCGACCAACACUUUCUGGUACCACAGCCUCCCUGUUCGCAAGAAGAUUUCCUGUCCUCGAAUCAACCUCACCUUCAGACGCAUCCUGCAGGACAGAAAGAAAUGACCAGUCAUGGAUUAUCACCCAGGCCGAUGGGGCCAGUUCCCAUGAAGUGUCUGAGGAAAGGACCCCAGUUUAGGCUGAAUGGAGUACAAGACUCUUGCUGUCAUUGGGUUCAUGGACAAGUAUCAGAAAUCUAAAAUGUGUUUAUGUAGCACCUGAAUCUACGUGACUAUACGACAGAACAAGGUGGAGAGUGAACACAUUUUACAGUGUGAACCAGUGGUUAGAAAUGACAGAGGCCCAAACCUCUGACUGACUCAAGUUCAAACUACCACUUCAGCUACUUUCAUGAAAUUAAGUCUUGUAAAGCAGCUGGCAAUGUUCCUGAAGAAAUGAGCAAUAAAAUCAACAACUCUAAACAACUCUCCUUAAAAAUUACAGAUUCUCACCAAGAGCAGACCAUGAAGCCUAAAAAAAGCCUAGUCCCAGUUAAACUCCCAGCCCCUUUUACUAGCCUGGUGUGGCUUCAUAUUUAGACAAACAAGGGCUGUCUCAGUUAGAGGUCUGAUCUGGUUGCCAAGCAGUUGAUUUUUAUAGAACUUCUUUGGAUGGGUAAAACCAGUUGUCGGCUAUACACUUGAGCUAAUGUUAGAUAGCUGUUUAGAUCACACAUACAAAUAUAAAUGUUCUUCAGUUCACUUUACUGUAACCAAGAGCACCAAAGAAUAAUUCACUGAGAUUUACUGGCACGGUAAAAAAGAGGAACGAAAAAAAAGUGGUGAUUCCCUUCCUUCGAAGCGGUCACGAAGUCAGAGUAUGUGUCGAUUCCUCAAUUACCGGGUAUGUUAUUUAUAUUUCUUUAGUCUGUAAGGGUCCUCAGAUCAAAAAAAUCAGAAGGGGUUUUCAUAAAAAAUAAUCCAUGAUGUGAGUAUUGUUUUAAUAGGAUUAAGUGGUGUUGUGUCAGUAUGCUGGGUGCCAUAAUUCUCGAGUGCUGUAAAAUGAGUAUUAACUCCUGAUACCCCGUCUGUCGGAGCUAGAUCAAAUGAAUGACACAUAAUUGACAUGUUAUUCAAAGCCUAAUUUUUCACAAGUAAUAUUCAUACUGUUUCAAAUAAACAAGUUGAUUGUAUUUUCCAAUCUUUGCUGAGCAACAGUUUUGUGUGAAGGGAGUUAAAGUCCUGUCCCAUAUAGAUGCCUGUUCCAAAAAUAUAGGCCUGUUGAGUUCAGUGAUUUAAGCAAAUAAUAGCCUGGCCUGCUAAUUGGAGCUUUAUAGUAUACAGUGUAGCAUAAUGCAGACGUAACUCCUCACAUAGCUAGCAUUAUAGCUACAACCACACAGUGGUGGGAAGUAAUAAAGUACAUUUACUUCAAAGUGCUGUGCUUAAGUAGAAUUUUGAGGUACUUGUACCUUACUGGAGUAUUUACAUUGUGUACUACUUUAUAACCUACUUCUACUUCACCUCAAUUACAAGGGGAAACGUUGUACUUUUACAAGUUGCACUGCAGAGUCAGACUAUCACAAAAUAUAAUGAAAAAUAAAUUAUGAUGUAUCAUUAUGGAUAAGGUAAAUAAAGGUCACUGCUACCCAACAGUGUAUAUAGUAACAAAUAAGCCCCAAA